AUGGGAAAAGCUCAGACAAAGAAGAAGACCCAAGGAUGGAGGCACAAUCCUGUCCGAGUCCCGGAUGCCCAUCUCGGAGCGGGCAAGGGUGAGGGCAAAGCCAAUCCUGCCAAAGCCGAGCAGAUGUUGCCUGUUCUUAAGAAGCUGGGAUCUACGGAAUACGCGGACAGAAUCUGGGCAUGUGCCGCUAUCUCAAAUCUGAUUCAAAAUGACGCGGCUACCAGACGACUGUUCCAGGGCAACAAUGUCGUCGGCGCUCUGAUCGAGAGACUGACUGACGAUGUUGAUGAGGUCGUCGUGGAGGCCUCUGGAGCUCUGAGGAACCUGGCUAUCGACGGUGGAAGGGAGCUCUGUGGUGAAAUGGCCAACAAGGGCAUCAUCUCGCACCUUGCUGUCCUCAUAGGCAAGAUCACCACUACUGUUGAUCAAAUUAUGACUUCCACUGUCCCCGACACCGACGAAUCAUACCAAGCUCGAAAACAUCUUCUUUCUCUCUCCGAGAAUGUCAUCUCUCUUCUUUGGUGUCUUGCCGAGGCUGGACCCAAGUCCUUGGCCAGUGUGAACGGCUUGAGCUGCGAAAUAUUGCUUGUAAAGAUUUUGGAAGGAAGAGAGAAGCUUGGGUUGGGUGUCUCUGCUGCUGCCGCUCAAACCCUUUUCGCCCUAUCACAGGACAACUUUCCCUUCCGCAAAUCGCUCAUUGUCCACCCCACUGCCCUUCCCAUCCUCAUCUCUGACUCUGCCGCUCAGGGUGCGGAGGAUGACCUUCCCGACGGCCGGGCAUUGCUGAGAAGAGUCCAUGUCUGUGGAGUUCUGAGGAAUAUCAUCCGAGCGGGCUCGAGGGCGGAUGAGAAGGUUGGGAUCAAUGAGUUGACGGGGUCGACAAUCUUGCCUUUGGUGAAUGGACUGUUGGAUGUGAAGCUUGGAGACGUUUGUGAGCGUGUGAGCCAGUUGGUGCAGCAAAUACCUCCUCCGACAGAGACAUUAUCCAGCAACUCUCCCCAAACCGACCACAAAACAUCUACCGACGUCGCCCUUGAGCGCAUCGAACGCAACCUCUCAACCGUAGUCGCCGCCCUCGAGGUUCUCACAAACAUCUGCGCUGGUCUUGAAGACGCUGAAGAGGUCGCUGCCGAGAUCGCUGAAGAAGGCGGUGCUGCUGAGGUCGUAGAGGACGACGAGGAUGCCGAUAUGGACGAUGACGAGGUCGACGAUGAGGGGCUCAUCUCUCGUGCUCGUGAGCCUGGAGCGGAAGUAGAGAUGGAGGCCGCCGGGGUCGUCAUCAACCCAGGCGCUACCCUCUCCCACUUGCUGAAGGCGCUCAAUCUGCCCGAACGACUUACCGCCCUCUCGCAACCCUUAGCUUUGUCCUUCCCUCCGGCUACUAGCGAACCUUCCCUGCAUCCCCCCACCACAGCUGUACUCUCCGUCCUCCAUCUCCACGCUCUUGAAGCACUCAACAACCUUCUUUUGACCGCCGUCGCCUCCAUCGACAACGCCGAUGGCCCUAAGGCCGUGGCAUCUAUCAGGGAAAAGGUGCCUGCGCAGGGAUUGUGGGAUUCCAUGUUUGGCAUCGUGUGCGCUGUUGGAGGAGAUCAGGGAAUAUUGAAUAAGAAGGGUCAGGAAAUGAGAAUGGAGAUCAUGCAAAUGGCUCUUGGAGGUCUUUGGGGUGCUGUCAAGGUCAACUCUGAGGUCGUUAAUGUCCAGCAAGAUCAAGUACAAGCUCUGAUGGACAUCAUCCCUCUCCUUCGAGAUGAAUCUUCCAAAUCCCGCGCCAUCGAAAUCCUUUCUUCUCUCGCUUCUCGCUCCUCUACUUCUCCAUCCGAAAACACUUUGAUCUCCUCCCACCUGAUUUCCCUCCUCCCCUCCGCUUCGUCCCCUGAACUCCUCAUCUCCCUCCUCAACGCCAUCAUCGAUAUCUACUCUGACGAGACCCGUUCUUACGACGCCGUCUUUGAACAACAGGCCUAUGCCCAGGUCUUGGCGGGUUUGGUCGGCAAGGUUAGGGCGGAGGUAAAGAAGGUCGAUAAGCGCAAGGAUGCAGAGCUGAGAGUGAGAGGGGAGGAGGUGUACGAGAACUUGGUGGCUUUCAUCAAGUGGAGGAGAAGUCUGAAGUAG